AUGAAGUCGGUAGUAUGUCUUAUGGUUUUUCUCUCCAUUUCUACAGAUUCAGAUGGUUUCAUACAAAGGUACUGUGAUCAAUUCAAAUCGUGUUUUUUAUGUGGCUGUGGAGACAAAUCAGUUUUUAAUAUAAGUUGUGAGGAUAAAAAUGACAUAAUCUUAAUGGAACAUGGUGGAAAUGUAAUGAGAGAAAGUGAAUAUGAUUCUGAUGACUGUCCAUUAGACAGCUAUGAAACAUGUAAAGAGAGUAACUCCACAUCUAUUUUAAAGAUACAAGAUCGAAAUGAAGUGUAUAAAAACUGUAUGCUGAAAAAUUGCUGUGAAAUAAUCAACAAAGUUAGAAUAAAGUCGGGCAAUAAGAGAUUGAUGAAUUAUCCAUUUUACUGUUAUCCCAAAUCAUUCCUCAUAGAUUUAUCUAAUGAAAUAAAUGAAAAUGUCGAAUUUCCAAUGAUUUAUUUUUCUGGAGAGAAGUUUGUUGGACAGAAAAUUGAUUGUGACUGUUUUUUUAGUUUUGGUCAUCUGUAUUUAAACAAUAUAUUCAUCAAUUUAAAACCAGACACCUGUUCCAAAGUGAAAUUGUUCAACAAGAAUCAGAACUUGUUGAAUUGUUCUGAAACUCCGAUGUUAGUUACAGAAAAUGAUUAUAUUGUUGAUGAAUUGAAACUGGAGAUACGAGGAAUGGAACCAGAUGUAGAAGAUAUUUUAUUCUUUAGAUUUUGGGGUUUUAACAGGAAUAUAAAUUGUAGUGGAUGCAGAAAUUCAACAGAUAUCACUGCUUCAAGAUUUCACACUACUGAUUCUUCUACUAUAAAUAUCCCUGCUACAACCCCUCUAGCAACAUAUUCUUCUACUACAGAUCUUUUUGCUACAGUAGAUCCCACAACUACAGCUGAUAUCCCUGUUUCAAGAACUCUGGCUGCAGAUUCUUCUGCUAAGGAUCCUACAACUAUAGUAUAUCCAACUCGAGUUGAUCAUGUACCAACUGCUGAUGAUGAGAGAUCAAGAGAUGCCGAAACUUCUACUAUAGAAUCUACAACUCCUGUUGUUAAUAUAAAUCAAACUUAUAAUAUUUCUACAGUUAUAUUGGGUGGAAUUCUGACAGCUCUUAUCAUUAUUAAUAUAGUCUGUAUAACACUCUACUGUUUUAUCAGUUUUUUAAAAAUUAAGAGGAUCAGUUUUCUUGGACCUGAAAAAUAA